UAAUACAAAAUACACAGAACAAUCAUAAAUCAUUGAUUAAUCAAUACUUCUUUAAUACUUCAGUAACUAAUUGAACGUUACCUAAUAGCCUUGUUAACCCUUCGUGUGUAUUUUAAUUAUGGAAUUAUAACUAGAUUUAACUUACAUAUGUAAAUAAUGAAAUUCAACAAUAUGGAACUACCAGUACCGUAGGCAUUCCCUUAGAAUACAAAGGCAUGGCCGAUUAUUUCCUAUAUUUUAUAAUCAAAACUAAUCAUCAUCUAAUAAUCAUAAAUUAGAAUAUGUGUGGUAUUCUAACAGUGAACAUUCCGAAAACAAAGCGAAGAGAUUUUAUAAAUUAAAAUUCACAAUGUAAAAGUAAUCUUUCAACUCUUUGAAAACAUAAAGUGUUCAUGUAACAGAAAAUGUUUGAAAACAAGAAGUCCGUACGGAACAUAACAUGACACUGAACAUAGGUAAACAGUGUCAUGACAAAAGUAUAUUUUUCAAACAACUCACAUAAUGAAUGCCUCAAUUAGUUGUUGAACAGCGAUGGCCAGUACAAUCCGCGUCUGGACAUCCGUCUUAAUUAUUAUUGUGCUCCUUCUCACUGCCAAAGUAAAGUGCUAUGAAAAAACAUUACGGAAAAUUGUGCGAAACCAAUCAAAAAUGGUACAGAGACCAUUUAGUGAAAAUGCCGGUCCAGAUUCAAUAUGGAAAAAUCUCACUAACAUUCAUUCUGUACGUGUCAACGAAGCUCUACUCUUUCCAAACGUAGCUCAAAUGAAGACAGUUUUCCAUAAUAUACAACGGCCAAAAAUAUCAACUAUAUUGACUUCACUAGAAACAAGUAAAGGUAAAGCUUCAUAUUCGAAAACAAAGAUAUCAAACCCAUCAACGUCGAAUGAACUAAGGUUGACCAGAAAUACGUUUACAGACAUAAACGUAACAACGGAACCCCCUAAAGAACGGACAGAAGUUUAUUCUAAUUUUACCAAUGCACGUAACGUAAAAUUGGCAAUCAAAAACUACUAUCAAAUUCCUACACCAUCCAGAUUCUUCCCACCCGUAGAAGACCAUGACAUGCACGCUAGUACAGAACAAAGAGGAACCAGCAGUAAAGAAAACACAGUAAUCAUUCCGAAAUUUCACGAAAAAAAGAAUGAAAAAGAAGAGAUACAGGUCAAGGGCAUUUUGAUUCCAAAUUCUAAUAAAAUCAAGACCCAAACAGAAAGUACAGCCAGUAGUGCAGUGCGUAGACAGACAAUGCAUAGUAUUAUAGAUAUAGAUCCAGAGAAUGAAAAAGCAGAUUUUCUCAUCGAAGGGUUACCCAUGGAUAGUACACUGUUCACGUAUAAUCUAACAUCCGACCCCUACUCUUGUUCUAUACUAAAAACAACAAAUACGGACAUUGAUGCGCAAGAAAAAUUUUCACAACUGAAUAUAGAGCCGUUUUGGAUGAGCAGGAAGCAUUUUUGGAAUCAUAUUUUCGAUAGCCGAUAUGAAUCUCUAAUGAGGAAUCCAAAAUGGCCACCUUUGAAGGUUAUCCUAAUACCUCGAAGCCACGUCGACUCAAUAUGGAGACGAUCAUAUGCACAAUAUCACAAUGAUAGUGUUAACAAAAUUCUAUCUAAUAUUGUAAAAAAGCUGCAGUUCUACAACACACUAACAUUUAGUUGGAAUGAGAUAUCACAUCUGAGUCAUUGGUGGAAAACAACGACGCACAGAAAUCGAGCGGCAUUUCGCAAAUUAUUAAGAUCAGGCAGACUUGAAAUUACAACGGGAGGUUGGGUCGAACCUGAUGAAGCAACAUCGCAUUUAUUUGGACUCGUCCAUCAGCUGACAGAAGGGCACCAGUGGCUAAAGCAACAUUUGAAUUAUACUCCAAAAGUAGCGUGGUUGACUAACAGUGUUACUCAUAGUCCAACUAUGACUUAUCUACUAGCCGCAUCAAAUGUUAACGAACUGGUUUUCACAAAUCUUCAUUACGCUUGGGAACAAUAUUUAUCUGAAUAUCAAUACAGCGACUUUAUAUGGUUACAAAGUUGGGACGACGAUAAAACUUAUCCCUCCAAUUUAAAUGACGUACUCGACAAAAUGGGGAAGGAUCGUUAUCCGAAACAUGCUGUUUUAACACAUUAUCUGCAAUUUAAUUCAGCUGGCUUUAGAGCGUGCGGCCCAAAUGGCCCUCUCUGUGCGUCAGAAUAUAACUUUGCUACAAAUCAUAGAAACCUUGAUGUCAGCGCUUUCAAUGUAAAAGAAAAGGCUGAAGUGCUUCUCGAACAAUAUUCUAAAACAGGAACAAUAUCACCCCAUAACACCAUUAUUGCACCUAUAGGUGGCCCGUACCAUUACGAAAUGCAAGCAGAGUUCGACUUUCAGUUCAAUAAUUAUCAAAAAAUUGCGGACUUUGUAGCAGCAAAUAAAGAAAUUUAUAAAGCUAGCAUAGAAUUUGGAACAGCUAAAGAUUAUUUUGAUUAUUUAAAAUCCAAUCAUAAACAUUUUCCUACUUUGAAAGGUGACUUUCUUAAUUUUGCUGAUAUUAGUGUCGGUAGUCCUGCAUAUUGGACUGGGUUUUAUACAUCAAGACCGUUUACUAAGAUUCUAUUAAGGCGUUUGCACGCAACACUGCGAACUACAGAAAUAUUAUUUUCUUUUGCUUUGAAUCUUAACGUAUUUCGCCGCUCCAAUAUUUCGCAAAUAUUUGAACUCUUAAUAAAAACAAGAGAAACAGUUGCGCGUCUACUUGACCGCAAUGUCGUAAGCGGAACAAUUUCAGCAAACGCCUUAAAGUAUGUUCACACUCAAAUACUAAAUACAGCCAGAGACUGCUGGUACAUUCAGGAAAUUUCAGCUAGUUUCUUAAGUUUGAAGCCGGACACACAUGUUCCCUAUUUACAAAAAUAUGUGUACAGAGAUGGUGUAUUCGCAUCCGUGUUGAGGACAGUUUCGCCCGGAGAUCAAGUUUACAUUUUUAACUCCUUAAGUCAUGAGCGAACGGAAAUUGUAGAACUCACUACAAGAUAUCCAAACAUAAGAAUCGUGGAUCACAAUAAAAGAGACGUAACAGUUCAGAUAAAUCCAGUAUGGACUUACACUUCGGAAAAUCUCAUUAAAUUGUCUAGAAUGUUCUACAAAAUUGUCUUUUCUGUAAUGAUACCUCCGUUAACACUUGAACUUUUUAAAAUUAAGGACACAUACGAUGCUUCACAGAAUGCUGCUACCAUAUAUUGUUUAUCGUGCCACAUUGACGAUGUAAUCAAUAACGGAACUGUGUAUCCAUUUACCAUUCAACCAAUACAGUCAGGUGACAUACAACUUGAGAGCUAUAAACACAGACUUUUGUUUGAUGAAUUUACUGGCUUCUUGAAAACAGUAAUCGAGAAAGAAACAAAUAUUGAGAAAAACGUUUUUAUUGAUUUCGGCGCGUUUAGGGAUUCGGAUUUUAAUUCUGGAAUGUUCUUAUUUAAUACAAAUACUACGAAACCCUUGCAUGACAUUCUAUCAGAUUACAGAUUUGGAGUUAAAAAGAAAAUUUUAUUGAUUGUAUCAGGACUAGUCACUACAGAAAUAACCACUGUUUAUGGACGAUUAUUACAACACACAACCAAAAUAUUCAAUCUCCUCAGAAGUCCUUUGUCAAGUGCUAUUUUUUUGGAAAGCAAAGUAGAUUAUGAAGUGUCACCUAAGUACAGAGAAUUAGAACUCUUUCUGUCAAUACAAACAGAUAUCAAUAAUGGUAAUCCUCCUGAGAUCUUUACAGACAACAAUGGCUUCCAGUACACUCGGCGAACUUUGAAUAUCAGCCGUCGCAUUGAGUCUAACAUGUACCCAAUAACGAGUAUGGCAUUUAUACAAGAUAGAAAAACAAGACUUACCUUCAUAACAGACCAUGCUCAAGGUGUCACUGCUCUACAAGAAGGGCAAAUGCUAUUCAUGCUCGAUAGACGAGUCCUUUUUAAUGAUGGCCGAGGUACUCAUGAAGGACUGGCAGAUAGUACCGCUACGUGCCAUAGAAAUUACAUGUUGUUGGAAAAUCUUAUGGAUUCAGCUAACUCUUUUAAUCGACAAGCACACAAAACUGAAUUAAAAUUGCCCAGUCUAUCUGCAUUAUAUUUAGCCAACGCUCUCGAUUACCUGCUGGAUAUAUUCCUUAUCGAAAAAAAUCACACUCAACUUUGUUACUACACUUUUCUACCUUUGGUUAAAACUUCUUUUCCUUGUGAUGUUUCUCUUGUCAAUUUCAGAGCAGUCCUACACAGAAGUACGUUUCGACACGCUAACCCCAACACUGCGUUGAUGACCCUACACCGGCAAACUUUUUCCUGUCAAGUAGACAACACUGCACAACUGCACUGUAGUGGUGAUAGCCAAGUGGUCUUAAAAAAGAUACUUCGUAAUGCAAAGAAAAUAGAUCAGAUGAAUCUUCCAGGAACCGAUGGAGGAGUGCCAGUAUUUGUACUAAGCCUUACCAACUUUCCGCCGAUGGAAUUGACUACCUUGAGAAUACAAUUUUAAAUGAAACAAUGUCGAUUAUUCAUCUGCAUAAGUGUAUGAACUGAUAAUUUGAGUACCUGGUACAGUUUGUCACCACAGAAAGUAAGCUGUUGCAUGUCAGUAGGUGAGAAAGUAAACAUUCAAAGCUAAGAAGUGUGAACAAAGACAUAAUACUGAUAACUAUAAUGACAACCGAUGCUUUUUAAAAUAAUAUGCUUCUUGGGCCUUUUAAAGUUAAAUGUUGAUUAAGGGUGCCUUUCCACCAAAGAUGUGCUAUGUAGGUAUACUACGAAGAUGUAACAGCUAAGCUGUGAAACUAUGUGACCGUUUCCACUGAUAUUAAGCUAUGUAGCUGUGCGAGGAAGAUGCGCAGCUAGUAUACGAUGUAUCGAUAGUAGGGAAGCCAUCCAUAUCAGUAUACGACUAACACACAUCCAUAGCACGCACCAAUAGUACGCAUCUUUCCAUAUAAAAAACACCACAAACAGUGCUAUGCUAUGUUUACUAAUGUAUAUGACUUGUGGAAGCCUAACGCAUCCACGGGUUCGUAUCAUAGCACAUCUCUGGUGGAAAAGCGAGAGAGUGUAUGACAUGUAAAAAAUAAAUUACGGAACUAGACCUUUAUACUGAAAAUUUAUAAGAUAGUUUACAAUUGUACAUAAACAUUUGAAUAAAAUUUGA